AUGACGGAUGAUUUUGGUCAUGAUUGUUUCUAUUCAACAAUAACUACGAAUGUCGAUUUAUACGAAAACAUUUAUAUAAUUGAGCAAAUUGUUGAAUAUUGUAUUCGAACACCUUCGAAUGAAAUAAUCGAUAUUAAUGAAAAAGCAAUAUCAUCUAAAUUAACGUUUGAUGAAUUAAAAAAGAAUAAUAUAACUUCUACAAAUCUAAUGGAAUGGUCGAGUCCUAUUGAUCUUAUCGAACGUUAUGAAUACUUUUUGCAAAUGAACACAUCUUCAUCAACUGAAGUAUUUUAUAAUUGUACUCUACCAUGGUUUGGAUCAUUUUGUCAAUAUAGGUUUGUUCUAAAUCAAUCAUUUUCAUCUUUUAUUCAAAUGAGAAUUAACGAGCCUAAGUUGUUUGAUAAAAAUAUGACAUUAACUUGCUAUAUGCAUAUAAAAUGUGAUAAUCAUUCAUUUCUAACCUGCCUUGAUUGGCGUGAAAUAUGUGAUGGUAAAGUCAAUUGUCUUGAUGGUGGUGAAGAUGAAAAAUAUUGUGUUGAACUAGAAAUAAAUCAAUGUGAGGAAAAUGAAUAUCAAUGUCAAAAUGGUAUGUGUGUAAACGAAGAAUUCCUUUUGGAUGAAGAUAUUUCACAAAUGAAAAUUCUUAGUCCAGAGUGUUUGGAUGGAUCGGAUGAAGUUCGAUGUAAAGGCGUGUUUUUAUGCGCGAGAGACUCAUCUUUUAGAUGUGAAGAUGUUCUUUGUCCACAAUAUACUGAUUUUAGCUGUGCAAAUGGAAAUUGUCGUACUUCAAACGGACCUCGAGCAAUUUCUGAAUGCACAAAUAAUCGAGAUCGAGCACUUAACUAUCUACUUGACUGGGACAAUAUUAUGGAUAUGGAAUAUCCUCGUUGUUUUAAAACUCUAAUGUGUGCAUUAUACCCAGCGUUAUCGAAGAACUUUGAUAGAUAUUGCAAAAACUUCUGCAAUAAUACACAAGAAUGUAAAAUAAGAACUGUUAAAGAUUGCCCACCAGCGUUCAUCGCACCUACGUUUACAGUAUGGGAUGGUCAUGUAAGAUUUGGUUAUUUUUCUAAUACAACAUCAAUGAAAAUCUCAGGAUAUGAACCUGACUUUAUAUGUUAUAACAAAAAUCGUUGUCCAUUUCUCAUUUCAACAUUCACACUCGAUAAUCAUACAUGUAUACAUACUAAUCAACUCAAUUUAUCAUUAUUUAAUACCGUGUAUGAUAUUUUUAGAACAUGUAAUCAAUACUCUCAAAAUGAUAAUGAGAAUAUUUGCCAGGAUUCAACAACUACUGUACGUUGUUUAGGAACGAAUAAAUGUAUACCUAACCGUCGAAUCAUGGAUGGAUUUGCAGAUUGUUAUGAUGGUUUUGAUGAGUCAAUUGCAGCUAACUCGUGUGCAUUGAAUAAUAAACAUCGUUUUCAAUGCACAUCUGAACAGAAAUGUGUCUCACCUACUCUUGUAAAUGAUAAAAAGACACAAUGUAUUGGUGGAGAAGAUGAGAGUUUCAUUGGUAACAUCGUAACUAAUAUUUAUCAACUUCCUUUUUCUGCUUUUUGUAAUAAUUGGACUGAUAUAGUUUCUAUAGGAAAUGAGACUGAUGAAACUCAUUGUGAACAAUGGCCAUGUGUAAAUCAAUAUACACGUUGUAACACCAGAUGGAAUUGUGAAAAAGGAAUUGAUGAAAUUAAUUGCUCAUCAAAUUUUCAAUGCCCUGCAAAUCAUCAUCCUUGUUUGUCUCCAAUGAGCCGCAAGAUGGAUUGUUUACAUAUAAAUCGUAUUGAAGAUGGGAUUAUUGAUUGUCUUGGGUCAACAGAUGAACGAUCUCAUUGUAGAUUAGAACAUCCAGAAAAUGUUUGGGUACGUUAUCGUUGUUGGAAUGACACAAAAUGUGUUUUAUCUAAGGCUGCCUGCAAUUCUUGCGAUGAGUCCAGCAAAUACGAUCAAAUAUGUGGUUUAGACAAUGACAAAACUCAAGACAUUAUGAACUAUUUAGAUUCUAUAGAGGAUAUUGGUACUCUCAGAAGACAGCCAUUCUCUCAUAAAUCAUCACGUAGUUUUCCUCCAGUCCAAUCGUCAUUACCCAUUCAUAAGCAAACACAAAAUGGUAUAAUAAAAACAGAGAAAAUAUCAACUAUUAACCAUCAUAAUGAUCCAAGAUUAUGGUUAUGCAAUAAAGGGUUUGUAAUUCUUAUUGGUAAAAAUGAAACAGAACAAUGUCUUUGUCCAGAGAGUUAUUAUGGUGAUCAGUGUCAAUAUCAAAAUCAACGUGUUAGUCUCACUAUUCGAUUACGUCAAGAAAAUUUAAACAAGUUAAAUGUAAUUGGUAUUAUUAUUAGACUUGUUGAUCAUACUGGUUUUGUUCAUUCCUAUGAACAAAUUACAUACAAAUCUGUAAUUAAUUGUAAUACGAAAUAUAAUAUGCAUCUUCUUUAUCAAAAUCGUCCAAAAGAUAUGAGGAAGAAUUAUACAAUCUAUAUUGAUGCAUAUUAUAAAAUAAAUCUUACUUAUCUUACAAGUUGGAUAUUUCCAGUUAAAUUUCUUUUUAUGCCUGUGAAUCGUAUGAGUGUUCAAUUGAAAAUUCCAACAAAACAAAGUUGUCAUUUAGUUUGUAGUGAUAAAUACCUAAAAUCAUUAAUAAAUGAUAAUACUCAAUCAUGUCGAUGUUCUAAUUGGAUGAAUUCAAUUUCUACACUACAAAACAGAUGUAACUGUGCGUUAGAUUCGAUCUGCGUUGGUUUUAAAGAAAAUCGAUCAAUUUGUCUGUGCCGUUUAAAUAAAACAGGACCUCGUUGUUAUCUUAAUUCAAUCUGUCAAAUGAAGAAUAUAUGUAUGAAUAAUGGUAUCUGUGUACCACAUGAUUCUCGACAAUCUUUAAAUAACUUCGCAUGUGUUUGUCCCAAUGGAUUUUCUGGCGAACUUUGUGAAAAGACAGAUGUAAGAAUAGACAUCUCAUUUUCUAAUGUGGAAACUCCACAAUCUUUACUCGUUCAUUUUAUUAAUGUUAUAUCACAUCGUGAUUCGAGCGAUAAAACAGAACCGAUUCAAGUAACUAUGUUUAAGAAAAUUCUAUUCAAUCAAAAAACAAUAACUUUUAAUAUGUCAUUACCCUUUCAUCUUGUUUUCGUUGAAUUUGAGCAUAUGUAUUAUCUUCCUGUUCUUCAACAUUAUUAUACAUCUUCAGCUGUUAUUUCUACACAAAUUUCUCCAUCACAACGCUGUCCACACAUUCAAGAAGUAUUAGAUGAAGUUAUAGUUGGAUAUCCACAUCUUCGUCGUGUAAAAUAUUAUCA